AUGUCAUACUUGGAGUUAGCUGAAUUUGGGUCAGCAGCAUUGAUUCGGACGUUUGAUUUGUGGUACGAUUUAAUAUCCGCAUUGGUCGAACGUUGGCGCUUGGAGACCCACACUUUUCAUUUGCCGUAUGGGGAGUGCACUGUCACUCUGGAGGAUGUUGCAUUGCAACUUGGGCUCUCAAUCGACGGGAGUGUCGUAACGGGCGUAAGUACGAUAGCUGAGUCGGCUGCCCUUUGUUAUAGCCUACUAGGAGUCUCGCCGAACAAUGUUGAGUCCAAAUUUACGAGUUUGAGAUUUUCAUGGCUGAAAGCCAAUUUUGAAAAUUUAUCAAUUAAUGCCACUGAGCAGGAGGUGAUGUGUGCAACUCGAGCGUACAUUAUGCAUAUUAUAGGGGGUGUACUGAUGCCGGAUGCAAACAACAAUAGGGUUCAUUUGAUGUAUUUACCCCUAUUAGCUAAUUUGCAGAAUGUUCGCUCGUAUGGUUGGGGUUCUGCAGUUUUAGCUAUGUUGUAUCAUGAGCUUUGUCUGACGACAAAGCCUAAUGUCGUAGACAUAGGCCGAUGCCUUAUAUUGUUGCAGUCAUGGGAUCUUUAUCAGAUGUUAUUCUUUGCAUCAGUUAGGCACCAAGCAUACGUAUUUCCACUAGUGAAUAGAUGGAGUUUUUAUCCGGGUAUCGGGAGGUCGUACACUGUCCCGAUAUAUCGUCUGAUGAUUGAACAACAUGCCAAGGAAGGGACAGUUGAGUGGUAUAGCGAGGAUCAAGUACUCCAGCAGUUUGGUAGCAUACAGCAGUCGACUGUAGUCCCUCCGCACAUGCAUCGACUUGGGGCAUACGAACCAGUGCCCGAUAUAGAGGCCGAGCAAGAGCCAGAGCCAGAGCCCGAGCCCGAGCCCGAGCCAGAGCCCGAGUGA